AUGGUCACCAGAAAGAUCUGGGUCAAGCGGCCCAUGAACUCGGCGACGUUGGUGACCGUCACCGAGGACGAUCUUGUCGACGAUGUGCGCGACAUGAUCUUGCGCAAAUACACCAACUCUCUUGGCCGCCAGUUCGACGCUCCCGAUCUCGUGAUACGUCUCUGCAGUCGAGAUCAGCAACAUUCAAGCCGAGUGCUGCAGCCAGAGGAGCCUAUAUGCCGAUUGAUCGAUGCCGCCUAUCCUGGUGGGCAGACCGUUGACGAAGCCUUGCUCAUCGACAUACCAAGGAGAACUCCCAAAGCUUCUCCCAAUCCUAGGUUCUACAGCGACGACAGGCCGCACGAGUCUGGAACCGACUAUUUCCCACCAUAUCCGCCCGCGGUGGUACACCAUCCCGCAGGCACCCACCUGCAGCCAGGCAGUAUGCAGCUCGCCAACGGUGUGCACUUCCCACCCUCCAUGAGUGUUGUUUCUGGCGGCACCCUACCGCCACUGCCAUCGCCUGGUAGUGUGCGACGGCUGGCUGCACGACCGAAAAUGAUACGCGGCCAUACUGCGUCACCGAUAGCCCCCAUUCCUUCAAAUGGCGUCUCAGGCCACCCUUCACAGUCAGGUGCGAUGCCCCCAACCACUCAGUACAAUUACAUCCCAAGACCAGGACGCUCAAGGACACACUCAGAAGCCUCAUCCGGACAAUCUGGACAUGUUGCUCCGGCACCUGCGAUUCCAUCUCCUCCCGCUCCAGAACGAACGGCGACCCCACCUCCACGUGUGGCUUCCCCACGGCCGUCUGCCCGGGCUAGAAAACCGAAAAAGCCCGAGAAGCCAGCUCUUCAGACAACAUUACCACCAGGACUGCUGAAUGGAGGUGUGCCCCCCAUCAACGUGCUCAUCGUCGAGGACAACAUCAUCAAUCUCAAGCUCCUGGAAGCUUUUGUGAAACGUCUCAAGGUUCGCUGGCAGACAGCCAUGAACGGCAGAGACGCGGUAACAAAGUGGCGAACUGGUGGCUUUCACUUGGUUCUCAUGGACAUUCAGCUUCCCAUCAUGAACGGUUUGGACGCCACGCGUGAGAUCCGGCGGCUCGAGAAGGUCAACUCCAUCGGCGUCUUCUCCUCGUCCGCGAGCAGCGCCCUUCAAGAAACCCACGUCGAGCCAGACGAGGUGGACAAGCUCAGCAACACUGAAAUGUUCAAGAGCCCCGUAAUCAUUGUAGCCCUCACUGCCAGCUCGCUGCAGAGCGACAGACACGAAGCCCUGGCUGCUGGCUGCAAUGACUUCCUGACCAAGCCUGUCAACUUCGUAUGGCUCGAACGCAAGGUCAUGGAGUGGGGUUGCAUGCAGGCUCUGAUCGACUUUGACGGCUGGAGGAAGUGGAAGGACUUUUCGCAGAAGGCGCAAGAGGCAGAGGCGGCCAAGAAGGCUCAGGUUGCCAAGGCUAAAGCAAAGAAGGAUAAGAACAGGCUACCCACCCCCGUCGCCGUAUGA